AAGAAAUGGGUCCAAGUUAUGUUUUUAGAGUUAGAAGAUUUAAAUUUGCCAAUGAUGAUGUAUACAAAUUGGCUACAAAAGUCCCUAAGAUCAAUAAGCCAAAGAAAAUCAAGAAUAUCGAUGUUAAUGAAAUGGGAGACAAGGUUGGUCGUAUUCACCUUGGUAAACAAGAUUUAAGUAAAUUACAAACAAGGAAAAUGAAAGGGCUUAAGCGUGUUGCAGAGGAUUACGCAGAAGAGUAUAUUGAAGAAAUUCCCACAAGCAAAAAGCAAAAGGUUUAA